AUCGCCAGUUUUUUGUUGUUUUACGUGCGCGUUGACAUUUUUGCAGCGCUUUUUAAUUUAUUAUUAUUUUUAAACUAGGAAAUUAUGGAGUAGGAUACGUGUCUGGCUUCUGUCGUAGCCGGGAAAUACGAAACAAUUAAAUUCGCGCCGACCCAUGACCACGGCGUUCGUGGUACAACUCUCAACCGUGUGCGAAAACCCAAAAAAAAAAUACAAAAACAAGCAGAGCGAGUCGCGAAUAAUUGCAACGCUUCGAUUAAAUAAAGUAUAAGUAGCUAAAAAGAUGCACCUCCGCCUGCAUUUGGUGCGCUUCAUGUACAUAAAUCUGCUGCUGAGCUGCUGUUUCUGGCUCUACGACAAUGUGGCGGCGGAAAAAGCGGGUCCAGACGCUAGCAGUGAGGAUGCCAGGGCGCCUGUAACUGUUAUACCAACACAGCAGCUGGAGGAACCAGCCAAGCCGGAGACCCUGCCGCCACCUCGACCGCCGCCCGAUGACGAGGCUGGAGAACCUCCGACAAUCGCUUUGGAGUUGGAACCUGGCAGUGGGCCAAGAACUGGGGACACGUCAGUGCCCGUGGAGGAGGAGGCGGAAGUGGCCGCGCAUCGUGUAAAUAGUAAUAGUGAAUAUGUUGUUAGUGAAUCUGACUUAGGCGCCAAUGGAAGUGAGGCGCCGCUCGACGAGGCCACCGCUGCCUCCUCCACCGCCCAAGUGCCAAAUAAUCAAUUGAAUAACCAUAAUCCUAAUAGUGUCGAGGAAGUGGAUAGUGUUAGUGAAUCGCAGCCACUAGAGAGCCCAAAGGAGAAGCAGCAGGAGCAGGACUCUCAGCCGCCUGAAGAAAAGGCUGACGAAAGUUUUCCAGAAAUAAUUACGGAGCUGCCGACUGUCACUGUGACAGAGCUGCCGCUGGAUCAUCUAAAGAACCGUCUGGAAUCGGUCAUCCUGGAUGAUGUCCAGGUGCCAGCCAGCAACAAGAGCGAAGAGGAGACGCCACAGCAGCAACUGCCACAGGAUAACCAGCCUCAGCAGUUGAACGAAGCUGUCAAGGAAGUGCCUCAAAAGGAUGAACAAGUGCCGAAAAUAAACGAUCCUGGAGGAGGCAUUGAACUAGAAGCUACCGACACUAUGCCCAGUAUAGAGGGCAGUGGAACCAGCGAGGAACAGGCUGCUGGAUCGCCUGGAACCCCGCCAGCAUCAUCAAACGCCACAGAGUCCACGAUCAACCUGACGAAUGGCAACGAGGAAGUGCCCAUGCCCGUGUUCUCUGAGUGGGCGCAGAAGCAGAUCGAGGCGGAGGCCAGCCGGGAGCAGGCCAUGGAGCUGGAGCAGCAGGUGGUGAACAAGUCUGCCCAGCGGAAGAACAACACCGGAUCGGCGAAGAACAAACUGCCCACCUUGAAGUUGCGCUCCAAGAACUAUGCAUCGCCCGACUGCGGAGCCAAGAUCAUUGCCCACAACACCGAGUCCAGUCACACCAGCUCGGUGCUGACCCAGUCCAGGGAUGAGUACAUGCUGAGCACGUGCGGCGACCGGAUCUGGCUGGUGGUGGAGCUGUGCGAGGCCAUCCAGGCCCAAAAGGUGGACGUGGCUAAUUUCGAGCUCUUCAGCUCGUCGCCCAAGAACUUCUCGGUUUACGUUUCCAAGAGAUACCCCACACGGGAGUGGAGCAAUGUGGGUCGCUUCGAGGCAGAGGACAAGCGUAACAUCCAGACGUUUGAACUCCAUCCGCACCUGUUUGGGAAGUUCGUGCGUCUGGACAUCACUUCGCACUACGCCUCGGAGCACUUCUGUCCGUUGUCGCUCUUCCGUGUCUUUGGAACCUCCGAGUACGAGGCCUUCGAGACGGAGAUCCGACCCAGCGAUGAGCUGGACGACUUCUAUGAUGACUUUGGAAUGCAGGACCAAGCGGUGGGCAGUGGUGGCAACAUCUUCCAGAGUGCCUCUGAUGCCGUCAUCCAAAUGGUGAAGAAGGCAGCCGAAGUCCUGGCCAAGCCCACCAAGGCCCUCAAGUGGUCCGCCGAGUCGCUGCUCUGCCGGACACCCAUUUUCGGGGCCUAUACCUGCUCCAAUUGCAACAGCACCCUGGUGGAGAAGAUCAACAGUCUCAUCUCGUGCCAGUUCCAGCACCUGCAGGUGCUCCUCAGCCUCAGUCGCCUGAAGUACGAUCUGGUCCAUAGUCGUGUCUGCCAAGAGGACUUUGGCAUCAGUCUUAUCGCCUCCUAUGGCUCCGGUUCCCAAACCAGCAAAAUGAGCAAACAGCAGAGCUACUUUCUCAGCCUUCUGCCGGCGGAGCACAUCGGGGCGAUGUGCAAACUGUUGGAGGCGGAGCAGAAUGUGACGGAGAUGCCGUCGGUGAAGCAUCAUGUGAGCGAGCCGCAGCAAGAUCAGGACAAUGCCACGGCCAAGGGUGUGCGGGAAGAUUGCCCUGCGAAGGAAGUCCCGGCCAAGGAGCCAGCCACACAGCCCAGUCUGGAGGUGCUGGUGCCCGAGACCAGUCAGGAGGUGCCGUCCACGCAGCACCAAUCGACGACCUCGGGGGAAACCGCCUCCACGACUAACUCCACUCCUCCUGGCGACGUCAAUAUCUUCAAUGUACCGCCCCAUGUCGAGGAAGUGGUGGUGAAGGAACCACUGCCACUGCCCUCGGAGCCAAGUAUUGUCAGCACGUUGGAGCCCAGCGAUGUGGAGAGCUCCACCAAUGCACCAGCCACUGCUCAGACCUCCAGCGAGGCGCCCGGAACCGGAGACACUCCCGCCGAGGAAGGCGGUCCGGCCAACUGGGAGAACAUGGAGCUGCUGGGCACCACGGUGGCCUCGAUAACCGCCGGCGGUGGAGCAGCUGCCGCUGCAGCUGCUGUCGUGAAUGGGAACGGUAAUCUUGGAGCUGCAUCUGCUGGUACUCCAACUGGAUCACCACCAGCUGCUGGUACCGGGGUGAAUCUCCAGCAGAAACUGACGAAUGGCGCCCAGUCGGAGAGUGUCUUUAUCCGGCUCUCCAACCGCAUCAAGGCACUGGAACGGAACAUGUCGCUGUCGGGUCAGUACCUGGAGGAGCUGUCACGGCGCUACAAGAAGCAGGUGGAGGAACUCCAGCAGACACUGACCCAGCAAACGCUGACGGUCCGCCAGCUGGAGGAUCAGAGCCGGCGGUAUGUGGAGCAGGAGCAGCUCUACCAGCAACAGAGCGCCGAGCUGGCCGGCGAGGUGAGAGCUCUGACCUACCAGGUGCAGGCCUGCAUCAUGGUUAUCAUCAUUGUCGGCACCUGCAUCUUCCUGAUGUUCGUCCUGGGCACCGUCUACUAUCGAAAGCUGCGCCGCCAGCAGCAGCAGCUGAAGAAGGACCAGCCACCAGUGGCCAUAGCCAAGCCGAAACUAGAUCGUCGCAAGUCCUACGAGCAGAUGCUGAAUCCAUCGACGCCCAAGCAGCGGCGUCCUAGCGAAGAGGCCAUGAUGAUUCUCAAGGAGUGUGGGGACAACGUCUCGCAGGAACAGAAUUCCUCGAGCCGGCAACGGAAGAUUUCUGUGUGUUACGGGAGCAACAACAACAUAGCCACCAAUAUGAUUGGAGCCACCACGAAUGGUGGUCCAAGCGUGCGAAGCUCCGUGCACAAGCGAAAGGGAGCCAAGCACUCAUGGCACAACAGUCUGGACACCACAGAGACGUCGUGCGGCGAGCAGACAGACAAGUUCUUCGAUGUGGACACUCUCAAGAGCCUUAAACAAAUUCCUGGAAAGGUCCCCAAGAAGAAGUCUCAGCCGCAGAUGGGACUGAAGAGGCAGGAGUCCGCUCCGGCCACCUUCUCGCAGGACCAGACAUUUGAAGAUCCGGCCACGCAAAGUGACUUUGACGAAAGCCUUAUGCUGGACGAUGACGACCUGGCCAACUUCAUACCCAACAGCGAUCUGGCCUAUAACGAGUUCAUGCCCGAGGGUCCUUCGGGCUAUCAGAUACUGGACACGGUGGACGGGAAGACGGGCAGCGAGAAGUCAAAGUCCAAGUCGCGCCGCCUUUCGUCACCAGCCUUUUUCAAGUCGCCCUUCAGCCGGAGCAAGAACAAGGGCUACGGAUUCAAUGGCAUCAAGAACAGUCAUUCGGUGCACGAGCCCACAUCCUGGGAGUGGUAUCGUUUGAAACGGGGCGAGAAGCAGCAGCAGAUCCAGAAGGACAAGCUGGCCAGCAAGAGCCUGCCCAAUGCCAGUCUGGACAGCUCCUCGCUGUCGGAGGUGAACUUCCCGCUCAAGUCGACGAAUGAGGCCACCCAGAACUCGUUUCGGAUACUCGGCGAGGCGAUUCUGUCGUCGGGCGAGGGACGCAUUACACCGAAUGGUAACGGCAACGGUAUAGGCCUGGCCAGCAGCAGCAGCGGAAGUGGCAGUGGAGGAAGCACUACAUCGUCCACAACGAAAAAAAAACAGCGCGCCUUCAAUAAUCUACUUCGGAAGGCCUUUGACUUUUAGUUAGUUAGAUAUCACCCAGUGUUUCGAGUUGAUAGCAGUUUUAUACCAACGCAUAUUGUAAUUAUUUGUAUCGAUUCUGGAUGACCCCCGUAUUUGGGUCUUAAGAUUGAUAAAUUGUUUGUACAAAUCAA